CUACAAUCAUCUCUCUCUCUCUCUCUCUCUCUCUCUCUCUCAAUCAAGAGUUUACCACACCAGUGGGAAACCCACGGAAACAAGUUAAUUUUUAAAAACGCUGGUGAAAGAAAGGACUCCUUAUACUUCAAUUACAUUUUUACUGGAUUGAAUUUCAGGAAUAAAGUGGGCUUAGUGUGACUGUUUCAGAGACGUUAACAAGGAUCUACCAACUUGGAUGUAACGUUCGGAAAGAUUUGAUUGUUGUGGUGAUCACUCUUGGGAAUAAAACUAGUUGAGAAGAAAGCUUUAAGGAUUUAAAGAAAGGAUUCCUAUUUUUCCGAUUUCUUGUGGAUAUUUUUGUCAUUUUACCGUUAUGGGUUUUACUCUAUGAUUGCGUAAAAACUGCAUAAGCAGUGUGGGGACUGAGGGGAAGCAGUGCCAAUCUGGAACAUGGUGCCUAAUAUUUGCCCAUCAGUGCCCGUCCUGCCCAGUGGGCUGCUUCUUCUGCUGCUGCUGAGCUGCGCGCAAUUCUCCUCUCAGGCAGACAGCUUGCCAAAUUUCAUCAAAUCUCCAGAGGACCAGACAGGGAUUUCAGGAGGAGUGGCAUCUUUUGUGUGCCAAGCAGCGGGUGAGCCCAAGCCUCGGAUCACAUGGAUGAAGAAAGGAAAGAAAGUUAGCUCCCAGCGCUUUGAGGUGAUAGAGUUUGAUGAUGGCUCAGGCUCAGUUCUCCGCAUCCAGCCGCUUCGUACACACAGGGACGAGGCCAUCUAUGAGUGCACAGCCACCAAUAGCCUGGGAGAAAUCAAUACCAGCGCCAAACUCACCGUGCUGGAAGAAAACCAGAUUCCUCACGGCUUCCCCACCAUAGACAUGGGUCCUCAGCUGAAAGUGGUAGAGCGCACAAGAAUCGCCACGAUGCUUUGUGCCGCCAGUGGCAACCCUGACCCGGAGAUCACCUGGUUUAAGGACUUCCUGCCCGUAGACAUCAACAGCAGCAACGGACGAAUCAAACAGCUUCGCUCAGGGGGUUCACCAAUACGAGGAGCUCUGCAGAUCGAGAACAGCGAAGAAUCAGACCAGGGAAAAUACGAAUGUGUGGCUACGAACAGCGCUGGAACGCGCUACUCUGCCCCUGCCAAUCUCUACGUGCGAGUACGACGAGUACCACCUCGUUUCUCCAUCCCGCCCACCAAUCAUGAGGUGAUGCCAGGGGGCAGCGUUAACCUCACCUGUGUGGCGGUCGGGGCUCCCAUGCCCUACGUCAAAUGGAUGGCUGGUGAGGUUGAGCUUACCAAGGAUGAGGAAAUGCCCGUAGGGCGCAAUGUGCUGGAACUCACCAACAUCCGUCAGUCUGCCAACUACACUUGCGUGGCCAUCUCAUCUCUUGGUAUGAUCGAGGCAACAGCACAGGUUUCUGUCAAAGCUCUACCGAAGCCCCCUACAUCCCUAAUUGUGACAGAGACUACAGCUACAAGUGUUACGCUCACAUGGGACUCUGGAAAUCCUGAGCCCGUGUCUUACUACAUUAUUCAAUACCGGGCCAAGGCCUCGGACACUAACUUCCAGGAGGUCGACGGUGUUGCCACCACACGUUACAGCAUCGGCGGUCUCAGCCCUUAUUCGGAGUACGAGUUUCGCGUAAUGGCCGUCAACAACAUUGGUCGCGGACCACCCAGUGACCCUGUCGAGACUCGGACGGGUGAGCAGGCUCCGUCCUCUCCCCCCCUACACGUCCAGGCACGUAUGCUGAGUGCUAGCACCAUGUUGGUGCAGUGGGAACCUCCAGAGGAACCCAAUGGCCAAAUCAGAGGCUACCGUGUCUACUACACAUCUGAUCUGGAUGCCCCUCUCAGUGCUUGGCAGAAACACAACACGUACGACAGUCGUCUUACCACCAUCUCAGGCCUGACCACUGACAUUACAUACAGCCUGCGUGUGCUGGGAUUCACGUCUGUAGGGGACGGACCCCCAUCUGAUGUGUUGCAGGUCAAGACACAGCAAGGAGUCCCCGCUCAACCAUCCAGCUUUGAGGCCGAGGCUGAAUUGGAUACACGGAUCAUGCUAACUUGGCUGUGGCCCGUUCAGGAUCCCAUCAUUAAAUACGAGCUGCAGUAUUGGGAGGCUGACUCCAACAAUAAGAUCCACGUCACCUUCAACCCCGCCGGGUCCUAUGCAGUCGAAGGCCUGAAACCAGACACGCUGUAUAAAUUCUCUUUGGCGGCCCGCUCUGAAAUGGGUCUUGGGGUUUACACUCAACCCAUUGAAGCCAGAACCGCCCAGUCCGCCCCCUCUGCCCCCCCUCAAGACGUGCACCUGCUCAGUCUGAGCUCAACCAGCAUCAAGGUGAGUUGGGUGGCUCCACCAGCCGCUAGUCGCCACGGCGCUAUCGUGCGCUACACGGUCAGCUACCAGGCGGUGAACGGCGAAGACUCCGAGCGUCAUGACGUGACCGAUAUCGGAGCAGACGCCUCCAGCUACGUGCUGGAGGGACUGGAGAAGUGGACGGAGUAUCAGGUGUGGGUGAGAGCGCACACCGAUGUGGGCCCCGGCCCAGAGAGCACAGCUGUGCGUGUUCGUACCAACGAGGACGUGCCGGGAGCCCCGCCUCGGAAAGUAGAAGCGGAGGCUUUGAACUCCAUGGCUAUUCGCGUGACAUGGAAGCCGCCUCUCUCUGGGAAGCAAAAUGGCCAGAUCCGUGGAUACCAGGUCAUCUACUCCCGCCUGGAGAAUGGGGAACCACGUGGGCAACCAGUUCUUAUAGAUGUAUCUCUUCCAGAAGCACAGUGGAAAAUUGAGGAGUCCACGGAAUAUGAGGCCAACAUCACUGGACUUUUACCAGAAACCUCUUACUCUGUGACCGUGGCAGCUUAUACAACGAAAGGUGAUGGAGCCCGCAGCAAAGCCAAAGUCGUCACUACUACUGGAGCAGUGCCUGGAAAACCCACCAUGAUCAUCAGCACCACUAUCGGCAACACAGCACUAAUCCAGUGGCAGCCUCCUAAGGACAUGGUGGGUGAGUUGAUGGGCUACCGCCUGCGAUACAAGCGGUUAGAGGAGGACACCUAUGUGGUCCGGGAGUUCGCCCGCACAGAUGAUCACCACACCGCCACAGACCUGCACAAAGGCGCCACCUACAGCUUUCACCUAAGCGCCAGGAACCGCGCGGGAGAUGGUGAAGAGUACAUAAAAGAGAUCAUCACUCCAGAGGACGUGCCCAGUGGGUUUCCCGCCAACCUGCGUGUUGUGGGCCUGACCACAUCUACCACCACCCUGGAAUGGGAACCACCUGCCCUCUCUGAGCGGAAUGGUCGUAUCACACAAUACAAAGUGGUGUACAGUGACAUAAACAGCAAACUGAACAGCACCAUCAGUACAAAUGACACCAAGAUGAUCAUCCAAGGACUUAGGCCAGACACCACCUAUACCAUCCGUGUGCAAGCCUUCACCAGCAAGGGAAGUGGUCCCUUAAGCCCCAGUAUACAGAGCAGGACCAUGUCUACAUCACCCGCAUUUGCCACAAGCUUUGCUGUCAAAGCUGUAAUGAAAACUUCUGUCCUUCUUACAUGGGAUGUACCUGAAAACUACAAACACGAAGAGCCUUUUAAGAUCCUCUAUAACCAGCAGAGUGUGGAGGUUAAAGGUAACCUGAAAAGGAAGCUGAUCACGAGACUGCAGCCAAACACCAAUUACUCCUUCGUGCUGAUGAGCAGAGCGAACAACGCCGGGGGACUACAGCAGCAGGUGUCCAUUCGCACCGCGCCUGACCUGUUCAAAACUAAACCUGCCCUUUACAAUGCAGACCAAACCGGCACAGGCAAACUAACCAUAAACCUACCUAAAGUGCCCACCACAGCUCCUGUCAGGUGGUACUACAUUGUGGUGGUACCAGUGGCUCUUAAAUCUUCACGCCAAUGGGCUAAUCCUGAUGAAAUGGAGCUUGAUGAGCUUCUUGAGUCUAGCGAGGGAGCCCAGUUCAGAAGACGACGUCACGCAGGUGCCGUAAGGCCGUAUAUCACCGCAAAGCUGAACCAUCUCCCAGACACCUUCACCCUGGGUGACGAGCAGGCUUACAAUGGCUUCUUCAAUCGGCCCGUUCCUGACAAACAGUCAUACCUGUGCUUUGUCAUGGCUGAACUCAAGGAUAACUACUCCGUUACCUCCAACGAGAAACAGCGGACUUUCUCAGCUAGCCCAUACUCAGACCCCAUCGAGGUGGUGACUAUGGUAACCAAAGAUGGUAAUGCACGCAUUAUGGAACAGCCUGAGAUGCUUUGGGUCAUGGGCCCAGUGCUCGCCGUGGUGCUCAUCAUCAUCAUAGUCAUCGCCAUCUUGCUCUUUAAAAGGAAAAGGGCAUCGCCCCUACCCAAAGAUGAUCACUCUAAUGGUGUGAAGGAUUGUCUGCUUGCCAACUCAUCUGAUCCAGUCGAAAUGAGGAGACUCAACUACCAGACGCCAGGAAUGAGGGAACACCCUCCUAUUACUGUUUGUGAACUGGCAGACCACAUUGAGAGACUCAAGGCCAAUGACGCCCUCCGCUUUUCCCAGGAGUAUGAGUCAAUUGAACCAGGACAGCAGUUUACAUGGGAGAAUUCCAACUUGGAGGUCAACAAGCCAAAGAACCGUUAUGCCAACGUUAUCGCUUAUGACCACUCAAGAGUCGUUUUGACACCUGUGGAUGGUGUCCCAGGCAGUGACUACAUCAAUGCUAACUACAUUGACGGCUACCGUAAGCAGAAUGCCUACAUCGCCACGCAAGGCCCGCUACCCGAAACCCUGAGCGACUUUUGGAGGAUGGUGUGGGAGCAAAGAGCCACUACUAUAGUCAUGAUGACUAGAUUGGAAGAGAAGUCCAGGGUCAAGUGUGACCAGUACUGGCCUAUCCGUGGCACAGAGACAUACGGGAUGAUCCAAGUAACCAUGCUCGACGCUGUGGAAUUGGCAACCUACAGUGUGCGCACUUUCGCCCUUUACAAGAACGGCUCUAGCGAGAAACGAGAGAUCAGGCAGCUACAGUUCAUGGCCUGGCCUGACCACGGAGUGCCUGAAUACCCCACCCCCAUCCUAGCCUUCCUGCGCAGGGUCAAGGCCUGCAACCCUCCUGAUGCUGGACCCAUGGUUGUGCAUUGCAGUGCCGGAGUGGGCCGCACUGGCUGCUUCAUAGUUAUCGAUGCCAUGCUGGAACGCAUGAAGCACGAGAAGACGGUGGAUAUCUAUGGUCACGUCACGUGCAUGAGAGCUCAGAGAAACUACAUGGUGCAGACAGAGGACCAGUACAUCUUCAUCCAUGAGGCCUUGCUGGAGGCCGCCACCUGUGGGAACACUGAAGUUCCUGCCCGAAACCUUUACGCCCACAUUCAGAAGCUUACUCAGCCACCGCCUGGAGAGACGGUCACAUCCAUGGAGCUGGAGUUUAAGAGGCUCGCCAACUCCAAAGCCCACACCUCACGAUUCAUCAGCGCCAACCUGCCCUGCAACAAGUUCAAAAACCGGCUGGUCAAUAUCAUGCCCUUUGAGUCAACACGGGUGUGCCUCCAGCCAAUCAGAGGAGUGGAAGGUUCUGACUACAUCAAUGCCAGCUGUAUCGACGGAUACAGACAGCAGAAGGCCUAUAUUGCCACUCAGGGCCCUCUGGCGGAGACCACUGAAGACUUUUGGAGGAUGUUAUGGGAGCACAAUUCCACUAUUGUUGUAAUGUUGACCAAACUCAGAGAAAUGGGACGGGAGAAGUGCCAUCAGUACUGGCCUGCUGAGCGCUCUGCCCGCUAUCAGUACUUUGUUGUGGAUCCCAUGGCUGAAUACAACAUGCCCCAGUACAUACUGAGAGAGUUCAAAGUCACAGAUGCCAGGGAUGGCCAGUCCAGAACCAUCCGCCAGUUCCAGUUCACCGAUUGGCCAGAACAGGGAGUGCCUAAAACUGGUGAAGGAUUUAUCGAUUUCAUUGGCCAAGUUCAUAAAACCAAGGAGCAAUUUGGGCAGGAUGGACCAAUCACUGUGCACUGCAGUGCUGGAGUAGGACGGACAGGUGUUUUCAUCACUCUCAGUAUUGUCCUGGAGAGGAUGAGAUAUGAGGGCGUGGUGGAUCUGUUCCAGACAGUUAAGACUCUGCGCACACAAAGGCCUGCCAUGGUGCAGACAGAGGACCAGUACCAGCUGUGCUACAGAGCAGCUUUGGAGUACCUGGGGAGCUUUGAUCACUAUGCAACGUAACCACUCGUGGACAAUAUAGCCCUCUGGUACAACUCUUCAGGAGUGCACCAAAAGUGUUCCUUCUGAGCCACCAUUCCACACCCUGCCCCAUCCUGUACAGAGAGCUGGGGGGCUGGUUAACCAAUCACAGCAGUUUGUUAUUGACUGGCACCAAGAGAUUGCUUUAAGAAAUAUAGACAACUCUCUUUCAAGAAGCACCAUCUUAAAACUACAUUCUAGUUUUUCUCUUUAGCAUACGCCAACCCACACUACAGUCGGAGUACUGGUAGCACUAAAUCUUUUAUGUUUCUGUUUUUUUCCGUUCGAAAUCACGAUUACCAUUUGUUAUUAUUUUAAAAAUUCAGUAUGACAAUAUUGUUAUUAUUUUUAUUUAGAGUAUUUGUUUUAAUCGUCUUUUUAACAUCAUUUGUCUUAAUUGCCUUUUUUUGUGGGUCAACCUUUUUAAUUGGUACUGUUUUAUUUUCUUUAUAUAAAUAGGUUAUUUUAGCACAAGGACAUGUGUUUUUAGCAUGUUCCUAAUACUAAUACCAGAGGACCUUUGUUCUCAAAGCUGCUGAUGGUUUGAAUUUGUAACAUGAUUUUAUAGUUUCUUUCUUCUGUAUGUAUAAUUGGUCUUAUUGGGCUAAAAAGAGCGGGUUUACUUUGGAAAGGCCUUUAAUUGUUUGUCAAUGAAAAAAGAGAAAUCUGUGCAUUUGGGUUAAAGUUUGAUUAAAGAAAACAAAGCGGCUAGCUAACAAAAUUAGCACUGUAUAGAAACUUGGCAGAGGUUAAAUACAACAUGAUUCGUGAAGAAUACAUUUUCCAACCUUCUUUCUGAUUGGAGUGCAUUUACAGUGCAUGUACACGACCCGCCUCUCUAUGAUCCUUAAAAAACCCGAUAAUGAAAUGAGACCAAUCGCCAUUGGCACCUGUACAGUAUAAACCACUCCCCCGAGGGAGAGUCGGCUCUGUUAAUCCAACUCUUCUUUUUAUACAGAAAUAUAUAUAUAUACAUAAAUUUAUAAUUAUAAAUAAAUAUGAAUACUAUUAUAGAUACAGUAUAUAAACAGCUUCUGCUCUAUUGUCAAUAAUUCUCUCGAAACGUAAUCCUGGAUUUUCUUGAUAUACCAACAUAGAGAAAACAACACAAGAGACUGCUGUCUGUGAAUCUUUUAAUGGUACAAAGUUAUAUCUACUGUAUUAUCUACGCACCCCGGGUAUUUGCUGGUUUUCUCUGUUGGGGUGGGGCAGCACAUCUCGAAUGAAAAACUCUUUCUACAGUACGUCAUUUCAUGCCUGCUCAAAUACAACCGGCACGUUAAAGAGAGACCUGGCCAUGCGUUCAGCAUAUGUUGGCAAGUUCAUUUUUACCUUGUGAAUGAUUAGUGCUGUAGAGGUCCGAUCUGUUGUAUACACAGUCUGUUUUCUAUUUGUUAAUAAGACAACUGGAAUAAAAAAUGUUGCAGGAUAAACUCCUUGAUGUUAAUAAAGUUCAGUAAUUGGUUUUUGUACAAAA